UACAGCAAUUAUUAAUACUGGAUUAAAAUCACGAUAAUGUCAUUGAAUUCGAAACGUUAAGGCAUGCUUCUGAACAGGGUGGUUUCAGAGAGAAAAGAAAAUUAUCUAUACUUCAUAGAAAAACAAUAUUGAUGAUACUACGGCAAUCAUUAUUACUGGAUAUUCACAGAGGAUUAAGUGUAUUCUAACGUCACCAACGAUGCCGCCGAGGGAUGUUUCUGAACAGAGGUAUUUUCAGUAAAAACUACAUCUCUAAACAUAUUCUUAAAGGACAUUGAUGAAACCACAACGAUUAAUUCUGGGUACUGACAGAGGAUUCAGUGCAAGCUCCUUAAGGAAUGAACGCCACCACGGAAAACCAAGACCAGUUUUCAUGGAAGAUAUCGAAACACGUGGAGACGUUGCUCAUCAUCCUGUACUGCAUCAUCACCGUCACGGCGAUCGGCGGCAACGGCAUCGUCUGCUACCUGGUGUUCGCCUACAAGCGCAUGCACACCGUGCCCAACUACUUCAUCGUGAACCUGGCCGUCAGCGACAUCCUGCUGGCUAUCUUUUGCAUCCCGUUCACGUUCGUGGUGAACCUGAAGAACUAUUGGCCCUUCGAGGCCGGCAUGUGUCCCGUCGUGCUGUACACGCAGGUCGUCAUCGUCUUCCUCAGCUCCUACACCCUGGUGGCCAUGAGCAUCGACCGGUACAUCGCCAUCGUGCACCCUUUCGUGAAGCGCAUCAGCCCGCGGAAGACGGUAUUCGUGAUCGCGGCCAUAUGGGCCGUAUCGCUGGCCAUACCGCUGCCGACGCUGCUCAAGUCUCGGAUGGAGUACUUCUCCAAUACGAGCGGUCAGUGUCUGGAGGUGUGGGAAGACCAGUCCAGGAGGUACGCCUACAGCCUGGCCCUCAUGGUGCUGCAGUACUUCGGGCCCUUGGUCAUCCUCAUCUUCUCCUAUUCGAAAAUUGGAUAUAACAUAUGGAUCAAGAACUACAAGAGUGAUGCCGGUAACAAGCGCCGACUCCAGCUAGCAGCAGCCAAACGAAAGAUGAUCAAGAUGAUGAUAACCGUCGUCGUGUUCUACGCGCUGUGCUGGCUUCCGGUCCACGUGAUCACCCUCCUGGGAGACCACGACCCCUACAUCUACAACCACGCCCACAUGCCGAUCAUCUGGAUGAUGUGUCAGUGGCUGGCCAUGAGCAACAGCUGCUACAACCCCAUUAUCUACAUCUGGAUGAGUCCAAAGUUUCGGACGGGGCUGUUGUUGUCGUUACACAGGUGCUCCAGGAGACGGUCGUUGUCCGUGGAUUCUAAUGAUUAUAUGGACCCGCGAGAGCGGAGGGAUUUACCCAUGAGGAGAGAACCCGAGAGAGAAAGACUGUGUCACAUCAUGGACCCAAAACUGAAACCGCACGAGAAUCAUUUCGUGAACUAUGGCGGCCAGACGACUAAGAUCAAGUAUCUGUCUCCGAACUGUAAUCGCGGUCACGAUGGUAGCAUCCACAGUGACACGUGACCUUUCGACGAGAAUACCACGUGACAGCCUUAUAGCAUUACUGCGCGAUGUUGUUUUGUUUGAUUCAUUAUAAGUGUACAAUAAUUAUUAUAUUUUGGAGUACUUGUUUCGUGUAUAUAUUAUGUACAUUAUCAGAACUUGAUUUGUAAUUAUCAACGAUAAUUAUGAAAGUGUGUAUUUAUUUACCAUAAAUAGCGACAGGAAUGUAUUAUUAAAGGCUGAGGUCAUUUGUGGUCAAUAAUGUUUACAGCUAGCUGCACAAAUGCUCACCUUAAAAUUGCAGACAGUGAUGCUCACCUUAAAAUUGCAGACAAUACUUUUGACGGGUCAUUGCUAACAUAAUUAUUAUAGACAGUGUAGACAGUGCCUUUGACAUGUGUCUGCACACGUGUAAGAGGCAUGAGUAUUGUAGAUGACACUGUCAACAGUUAUCUGUUCACGCGUAAGCAUUGUAGACAGUGCCUUUGACAUGUGUCUGCACACGUGUAAGAGGCAUGAGUAUUGUAGAUGACACUGUCAACAGUUAUCUGUUCACGCGUAAGCAUUGUAGACAGUGCCUUUGACAUGUGUCUGCACACGUGUAAGAGGCAUGAGUAUUGUAGAUGACACUGUCAAUAGUUAUCUGUUCACGCGUAAGCAUUGUAGACAGUGCCUUUGACAUGUGUCUGCACACGUGUAAGAGGCAUGAGUAUUGUAGAUGACACUGUCAACAGUUAUCUGUUCACGCGUAAGCAUUGUAGACAGUGCUGAGACAGGGCCUAUAUUUUAAGCGCUAAAAACGUAAAACAAUUGUAUGUUAUAAUGUCACUAUAGCACACGCCAUAGUGACGUCAUAGUAUACGAUGGUUUUACAUUUUCGUAAUUCUAAGAUUGCUUCGAAAAUAUGGGCCAGGGUCCAGAAAUAAUCGUAGGUACGGUUAAUUGUAGUGUUUUAAGGUGAGUUUUAAGGCUGGCACAUGUAAACUUUACAGCCGUUCCACAAAGCAACCUUACGAUAGUAAGUACCUCUUUAAUGUUUAAGAUCUUAUAUGCGAAGGAGUGCGAAUUAGUUAUAUAAUUCAUUGGUUUCCGACUAUUUGAAACAUAUUGGCUGUAUUCAAUGGUAUAGGACAUCCACAAGGUAACUUUCUCAGUUUAUUUGCUAAGCGAUACUUGCUGAAUCCAUAAGACAUGAGCGCUAUCUCUCAUAUUUUCGUAUGAAGGUCGUAUGGCCUAGAAUGUUUUUCAUCGAACGCAAAGAGUUUGUAUCCUUGUUAGAAAAUCAUCAAAUCAUCAUCUCACUGCCAUUUGACAAAUACGUUAUUGGCUUACAACUGAGUCGUACAGAAUGUAAAUUUUCACCGUAAUUUUCGACAAUAGUAAGCUACGCCGCGUCGUGGAACGGGCGCGAUCGUAGAAAAAAGUUACGGUCGCGAUGGUAGGUAUUUGAGACGAUAGUAGUGCUAAGAUUACUUCGUAAAACGAGGACCUUAAUAUAAUUUAUAAAGCUCUCUUAAGCGAUGCUGCAUUGUUCUUGCAAGUCUUUUUUAACUGGACUGCGAAAUCAUUGAGAUCUAAUUUACUAAACUCUCGCAACUUUACAAAAAAUACUCACAAGGACGAUACGUUGUUGCUUAAGCGAGCUUAAGAAAGCUUUACAAGUUAGGUCCAUGGCUGUAACCAGUCUUGUGUAUUAUAGACAGUGACAUGGCUGUAACCAGUCCUGUGUAUUGUAGACAGUGACAUGGCUGUAACCAGUCCUGUGUAUUGUAGACCGUGACAUGGCUGUAACCAGUCCUGUGUAUUGUAGACAGUGACAUGGCUGUAACCAGUCCUGUGUAUUGUAGACAGUGACAUGGCUGUAACCAGUCCUGUGUAUUGUAGACCGUGACAUGGCUGUAACCAGUCCUGUGUAUUGUAGACAGUGACAUGGCUGUAACCAGUCAUGUGUAUUGUAGACCGUGACAUGGCUGUAACCAGUCAUGUGUAUUGUAGACCGUGACAUGGCUGUAACCAGUCCUGUGUAUUGUAGACAGUGACAUGGCUGUAACCAGUCCUGUGUAUUGUAGACAGUGACAUGGCUGUAACCAGUCAUGUGUAUUGUAGACCGUGACAUGGCUGUAACCAGUCAUGUGUAUUGUAGACAGUGACAUGGCUGUAACCAGUCCUGUGUAUUGUAGACCGUGACAUGGCUGUAACCAGUCCUGUGUAUUGUAGACCGUGACAUGGCUGUAACCAGUCAUGUGUAUUGUAGACAGUGACAUGGCUGUAACCAGUCCUGUGUAUUGUAGACCGUGACAUGGCUGUAACCAGUCCUGUGUAUUGUAGACAGUGACAUGGCUGUAACCAGUCAUGUGUAUUGUAGACCGUGACAUGGCUGUAACCAGUCCUGUGUAUUGUAGACCGUGACAUGGCUGUAACCAGUCCUGUGUAUUGUAGACCGUGACAUGGCUGUAACCAGUCCUGUGUAUUGUAGACCGUGACAUGGCUGUAACCAGUCCUGUGUAUUGUAGACAGUGACAUGGCUGUAACCAGUCCUGUGUAUUGUAGACAGUGACAUGGCUGUAACCAGUCCUGUGUAUUGUAGACCGUGACAUGGCUGUAACCAGUCCUGUGUAUUGUAGACCGUGACAUGGCUGUAACCAGUCCUGUGUAUUGUAGACAGUGAUGUUACCAAUAGCUGUCAGUAUACAAGUGUACAGUAGUCAGUAUUUAAACAUUACAGAUGGGUAAGGUAAUGACACGAAUGUUUAAUGACACACCGGCUUGUGUUUAAAUAUUAAAUAUUUUUUUUAGGCAUAAAUCCUAAUCUGCUUUCAUUCGUCAGUUGAUAUUUACUAAAUAUUACAUAGCCCGCGAACCGAGAGUUUCACAACUCUUGAUCUUAUCUACAAUUAACUCGGUAUUUAUUUAUCUUUUGUGUGUGCAUGUCUGUCUGUCUGUCUGUCUGUCUGUGUGUGUGUGUGUGUGUGUGUGUGUGUGUGUGUGUGUAUGUUUGUUUGUCCCUAUUGUUUGUAAAGUUAACGACAAGACUGUCAAAUGGCAUAUAUUAUAUUCGUUUCUUACACAAAUAAAAUAAUAAUAAUAACAUCCCAAAAUGUGUAAAAUAAGAUUAUUGUUUGUAUAAAUGACUCUUGUCAUUGUUGACUAAUUAAUUUUCAGAAGGGGGUGGGGUGGGGUUGGAUGUGGGGGUGUUGAUGUUGGUGGUGAUGGUGGUGGUAUGGUGUAAUGUAAGGUAAGGUAUUAAUAUAGUGCUUUUCUAGGAUUGACGUGUGUGGACGUUUACCAUAUAAAAGUAGUAGUUGGAAAUAAUUAACUUGACCUUGACCCUAACAGUAGCCGCAGGACUAGUUAUGGACAAAAAAUAUUCAACAAGUUCUCGUAGAACUCCAACGAUAUCAGAAUCAAUUUAUCUCCAACGAUACCAGCGUCUGUUCUUGUAGGUUAAUCUUACUUGUGCUAGUUUUUGCGCUUUAAAUUAUAUCUAUGCUUAGUAUUUGCACAGAAACGAUGCCAGCCAUGCACAAUUACCAGUCAUGAAUGAUGAAGUAAUGACUACAGCCAACAUAUUUUAUUGUUUCUUGCAGUUGAACUUGCAUGGCCUGCGUUCAGCGACAGCGAGAAACGUUAACGUUCGCGAAAUAUUUGAUUAGUUGUCGAUGUGGUGAUUCGGUUUAACUUGACAUACAGUAAAACCCAAUCUAGAAUGGUUUUAACUUAAAGGGACAGACCCUAGUUUCAACCCGUGAAAAUUAACAAUAAGUUCAGAUAAUCUACAAACCUGUAACACAUUUGGAUAAAGUUACAAUUGAGUGA